AUGACUGUUAGGAGCAGUGUGAAGGACAGGGCGGAAUUAGAAGGCAAGAGUGUGUUAGCCAAUGAAUCGAAUAUAAUUAGCACAUUUACGAGAAGAAUAAUAAAGGAAAAAAGCGGUAACUACCAGGUACUGAAAAGAUCCAUUGAUGGGAAACUGAUCUACCCUGAGGCUACCGGUAUAUCAUCCAAUAGAGGUAACAAACUUUUGCAGAAAAGUGAAGUAGUAACAAGAAGAGACUUGAAUAAUUCUAAGCCAAUUAUUGAGCAAACUGUAUUCUAUAACGGCUCAGAGCACCGCCUUUUGCAAACAAAUGUUGUGACUGAUAGUAGACGCAAAAGAAUAAAAUUCACGCCUGACAUCAAUGUCGAGCCUGUUUUAGUCGGCAAUGAAAAGUACAUCGAUGGAAAUGAGGGGGAAGACGAAAAUAUCACUGACGAAUACUAUGGCGAAGAAGACGAAGACAACCUAUCAGAACUAGUGAAUGUUAAGGAGAUUUUAACUCCAAUCCUUUCCCUUGGGGAUGUAAUAAAUCACAAAACUAUCUCAAGGACAUUUUCAAGCCCAAUCUUGAAAAAUUUAGCCUUGCAAAUAAUUCUAAUGAUUGAAAGGGAACAAAUGUCGGUUGUUAGGUAUUCCCAGUUUUUGGAGGUAUUUUUAGGAGAUCAUCCGGAACCAAUUUAUGAAUCUAACUUGAAUCUACCACCGUACAAUCACAAUCUGACCCUUCCAGAAGAUAGAGGAGCAAGCGACGAGGAUGACGUUAACAACAAGAAUAAUAUUAACGAGGUUAAUUUGAAUAGUACUAUGGCUACGGAGGCCGAUUACACUAACAACGACAUGGAGGAAAUUGGGGAAGAGGAUCCCUUUUUUGCAUUGCCAAGAUUGGAACAAUCUAAUGCGCUGUUAUCGUUGCUACCAUCCUCUUCCGGUUCUAUUUCUAUGUCAACAUUGGCAGCAGCAGAACAACAACAAUUAAAUGACGAAAUCGAAUCUGCUCGACAGUUGUCGCAAAUUGCUCUGCAAAGGAAUAAAGAGUUCAUAAGAAACUUGCAAAAAAUCAGGAAGUCUGUAAUAAAAGCCAACAGAAUAAGAGGUAGAAUAUUAAAUUGGAGUCGGGAAUUCCUGGGUAUAUCUGACGAUGAUAUUACUAUCCCAGUGGCUCUACGUGUCGUGAAAAGAGGCCUAAUCAGUGCUACAACAAACAAGACAACGAAUUUCGAGGAAGAAAUUGAAAAUACCAUGGAAGAGGGUGUUGUAGAUGAUAAUGAACCUGAUGAAGAAGCUAAUAGAGCCUGA